AAAAAAAAAACCGUAAAGAAAAAAAUAUGGCAGCCCUGAGGUUUUCACCGAGCACCGCCUCUGUUAUCUCGGAGUCGGUCACUCGCGUCAGAUUUUCCGGCUUCGUUCGUCGACGGUGCCGAUGGACGAGGCCGGGUAGUAGAGUCGGGUUCUGCGCUGUGGCGAUGGCGACGAAUCCUCUCGAGGUCUGCGUCAAAGCUUCCGUCACCACCCCAAACAAGCUUGGAGACUGCCCUUUUUGCCAAAGGGUAUUGCUGACUAUGGAGGAGAAACAUCUGCCUUAUGACAUGAAAUUGGUGGAUUUGGGUAACAAGCCGGAAUGGUUCUUGAAGAUUAGUCCUGAAGGAAAAGUUCCAGUUGUGAAGUUGGAUGAGAAAUGGUUUCCGGAUUCAGAUGUCAUAACACAGUCUUUGGAAGAGAAAUACCCUAGUCCUCCUCUGGCAACCCCACUGGAGAAGGCUUCAAUUGGGUCAAAGAUUUUCUCCACAUUUAUCGGUUUCCUCAAGAGUAAGGAUCCAGGAGAUGGAACUGAACAAGCACUAUUGAAUGAGCUUAGUUCAUUUAACGAUUAUAUCAAAGAAAAUGGUCCUUGUAUAAACGGAGAGAAGAUUUCGGCGGCAGAUUUGUCAUUGGGGCCGAAGCUGUAUCACAUGAAGAUAGCUUUGGGUCACUACAAGAACUGGUCUGUUCCAGAUUCACUUCCUUACCUUCUGUCCUACAUGGAGAAUAUUUUCUCAAGAGAAUCGUUUGUGAAGACUCGGGCACAGACAGAGGAUAUUGUUGCUGGUUGGCUACCAAAGGUGAUGGGUUAGAUCUUCUUAAAUGUGUCUCUGUGUAUCAUAAUCUCCUAUGAAAACUACUCUUUGAUCUCGAAAUUUUACCUGAAUAAUCGUUAACAAUGAUUUAUUUUAUAUAGAAACCAUAUUGCUCGGAAAUCAAUUGUAUUGGCACUCCA